UUUCACGAGCACUCACCACUUCAGUCGGCUUCUAGAUCCAAAGAAGUCCAACAUUUUCUUUUAAAGUUUAUUUUUUUAAGAUGAAUUAAACUAGUUUCCUUUUUUUUUCUUUGCCUUGUGCUGGGAUCAAAGAGUUGAAGAAGUUGCUGCUUUUCUGCUUUUCAGUGCCCAGCAUGCAACACUGCCAGAGGCUGGACCAGAGACUUCACUCGCUCAGCGAGGAGAUCAGAAACAUGAGUGAGGAAAAGGAGCGAGGGGAGCAGGUGUGGAGGGAGCGACUGCAGCGCUGCCAGAGGCAACUGAAGGCAAAAGAGGAGGAGAUGAGCCGUCAGUCCCAGUAUUUUGAAAACUUUAAAACUCAACUCCAUCACAAGCUCAGCUCCUACAGGGACAGGGAGCAGAGCUUACUGAAACGCAUCUACAGUUUGGAAAAGCAGCUACUCGACAUGACUGUGAGUGCCGCCACUGGCAUGGCAACGAUGAAAGGAGUCAGAAUCACAGCUGGACCUGAGAAGCAGUCGGAGGACCAAGACAGGCUACCGACCAUGAGAGGAGAGGGGGAAGGAGAAGAGCAGAAAAAAGAAGACAGCAGGACUUACUUCUUGCCGAGCGUGUCGUCCGAUAGAUCAAAAAGUCCGGAGGGGGAUAUAGAAAGCAAAGAAGCACAGGGGUCUUUAAACGAUUCCAGGCUUCAGGCCUUCAUUUUCAGCCUGCAGGAAGACCUCAGAGCGCUGCUGGAAAGAGAGGAAGCUGGGAUGACUGAACGACGCGUCCUGAUGGAGCAGCUUCAGGAGGCUCAAGAGAAGAACCAGCUCUUAGCCUGCAAAAUGGAGGAGAUGAAUUCAGAGACUGACCAGCUGAGGCUGUCUGAAAAAUCCCUGAUGGAUGAAGUUGAAGUUUUCCGAGAAGAGAACCAGAGACUUCUACAGAUGCUGAAGGAGGCAGCUGACCAAACACAUCUCCCCUCAUCCUCGGACUCUGAAUCUACCCGCUUGAGUCUUGGUGCCAACUGGCCUCACAGCAGCCACAAUGUUAGCCGGGCGUCGUCUAACAUGGAGAUAGCUUCACUUAAAAACUCAGGAGAGGUCCAACCUGCUGCCGAUGAUAGAAGACUUCAGCCUAAUAUAACCGCAGUGCCACCUAUUGACCACCAGGGUGCAGCAGAGUAUAAACAAAAUGAAAAAGAUUUCUCCUUGCCAGCUAAAUGGAACAAUCUGCCAAAAUACAAAGCUCCUGUCCUCUUUCAACCGUUUUUCAACAAAUCCAAGUGUCAUUUACACUCACUUCCAUUCACAGCAGAAACUUUUGGAGAUUUUAAACGAGGGGAUGUGGAGGAAAGUCUCAGUGAGGAAUCAGAUGCCUUGAGGAGAGCCUUUCAGAGCCUAGGGUUUGAUGAUGAUCUUCAACAGCAGUGUGAGCACCUGAACAUGGUCCUGCAACACAGAAAGGAGCAGAUGAAGGUAGUGACUCUGGAAAAUGCUGAACUGAAAUCCCAUCUCAGGAAACCAAGAUGCGAGGAACAAACUGCAUCACACCUGCAGUCUUCACGAGAAAAGAGUACAAGUGUUUCAUCCUGUAAUGGAAUUAAUACUCAACAAUCACCUCAAAAGGAUUUCAGUUUUGACCUCGAUCAAGAUGAUCUGAUCCAAGCCCUGAACCAGGAAAACCGGGCCUUGGCAACCCGGAUCCAGGAGCUGCUGGCUCACAUUGAACUAAAAAAUGAGGAGAUCCAAAAAGAACAAAUUCAACUGAGAGAAAAAAUUUCCAAACUGGAGGAGAAUGGCGUCAGGUUGGAGCUGGAGAAGCAAGAACAAAGCAGUUUGAUCCUCGAACUGACCAGAAAAACAGAAGAUGAUCUAAACACCAUAUUGGAGCUUCAGCAAAAACUAUCUGAAGCUGGAGAUGGGAAAGAGGAGUCAGCAAGUGAUGCAGUUCGGUGUCAGAAUGACCAUUCAUCACCGAUGUCGGCACAUUUACUUCAAAACAGUCAAGAAGAGGAUGCAGACAGAUUAGUUACAAGUAUGCUAAGCAAAAAGGAAACGCAGUUUAUUCAAGAAACCAACUGUCUGACAAAAGCUCCUCUUGAAAAUCACUUUUCAUUUCAAAACAACUCAAAUGGUGUGCAUGUAGGUUUAUUGACAGCUAAGGUGACCCAGCUCACUGAUUUAGUCCAGAACCUCAAAAAAGAACAAGAGGAGCUAACUGGUAACUUAAAUGACCUCAGAGAGCAGCAAAGCCAAGUCUCACUCUCUGUCCGAACACAAACAGAAGAAAAGCAGCAGUUAACUCGCACAAUCUGGACACUAAAAGAGGAGAGAGAUCGUCUAGUUGAGGCUCUGAAUAAUCUCAAACAAGAAAAAGAGAAACUGACAAAGUUGGUCUGUGUGCUGAAGGAGGAGAGAGAUCAGGUGCAGAGAUCUACUAAUGCUCUAAAAGAGGAGAAAGAACAGCUAACCGAGUCUACAAUUGAUCUAGAAAGGCAUAAAGAGGCAAUAACAGAAUUAAUCUCAAGCAAAAAAGAGGAAGAAGAUAAAAUUAUACAGAUGCUGCAAGAUUUACAGAAAGAAAGAGACCAACUAAGUCAGGCAGUGCUUUAUUUAAAACAACAGAAAGACGAGCUGGGACGGUUUAUUCCAAAAAUUUCAAAAAUAGAAACAAAGGAGGUUUUAAUCAGCUGUUCGAAAGAGGAAAAGCAGACUUUGCAGAUAAAUACGGAGUCAAGAGAAAAAAUAAAGAAAGUUCAUCCUCUUUUUAGUGAAACAGAAGAGAAUCAGAAGAAGCUGUUGAGCUCAGUCAGUGCUGGUGGGAUAAAGAUGGCUGCUGCCGGGACAGACGUUGAUGCUGUGCCAAAAUGUGAGACCAGGGAUGACAGAGAAACACUCAUUCAGGAGAAAAAUGAUCUGAUUCGGGAAAUUACAGCAGCAGAAGCAAAAUUAAAAAACUCUCAGGAGGAACUGGAUCGCUGUCGUUCAGAGAUAGAAAGGUUGUGCAGUGAACUGUGCCAGUCAGAAGCCAGACGGAGUGAAGGAGAGAGAAGGGAAGCAGAACAGAUGAUGAGACUGACGCAUGCAGCCAGCAAGAUGGAAGACACCACGAGGGACAAUGAAAACCUCUCCACCCAGGUGAAAGAGCUGCAGGUCAAACUGAGCAUCCUGCUCAGGGAGAAGACUGAAGCUCUGUUUCUGAGGGCACAGGCAGAGGAGCAGCACAGAGUUCUUGCUGCUCAGCUCAAAGCUAAAACUGUUGCUCUGGAGGAGCUGAAUUCUGAGUUCAUAGAGCUGAAACAAGGACAGAGCAAUAGGGAUGAUCUGAGCACAGCUCUGGUCUCUCUCAGAUCAACUUACCAAGACAUCAGAGCUAAGUAUGACAAACUCCUUAAAAGCAAAAGUCUGACAGAUCUGGAUGUUGUUCCUCUAAAGGCCAAGCUGUCUUCCUUGGUCCUGAAGUGUCAGGAGAGGAACGGCUUGUUACUUCAGAUGAUGAGGGCCAUGCAGAGACGUGGCUGUAUGGACCCAACAAUCGCACAGCAGGUGGAGCAUCUGCUCAGCGAUGUUGCUCUGCAGGACUACUCGGCAGCUUUUACCACAACCAACCACCUGCAGAAAGAGGACUGCAGUCGUCGGUUCACACAGGAAUUCAUUACAAGUUUUAAAGGAAGUCCUCAUCAAACCUGUCCAUCGGGGUCGAGCUCUGUUUGCAGUGAAGAAAACAAAGAUCAGUAUGCAGAGAAGGAACAACAAUCUUCAAUAUGUGUUGAUGAGGCCUCAACAAACCCACAAACUUGCAGAGAUUCUGCAGCUGAUGUGGCUAAAACACAGAAGAAAAACUCACCUGAUCACAGCCCACCUGUUAGAGAGCGUGCAAGUGUCCAAGGAUCACCUGCACUUACCCUGGACACCAACAAUUACAAGGUCUUUACUGCCACUGAACUGGUCCAUGUAGGGAGUCGACCUGUGAAGCUUGAAUUCAAUCAUGUGGACAUGAAAGAAAAGUCCUCCUUAGAUCCAGGCAGGCGGAAAAAAUCAUCACAGAGUCCCUCCUCCCCCACCUCUUCAAUCGGCUCCAGCAGGAGGUUGAGUAGUCCUGAGAAGAUCCUUAACAUGCACGAGGAACUGCAAAGAACUCUGAUGAGCAGCUUCCAGUCGUCAGAGUGCAGAGGCAGAGAGCAGCAUCCCAGCAGGAGUCUGUCCCCUUCAAACACUGCAGAUCACAACUCCUCCUCUAGUCCGUCUCUCCCAGCUCCUUUAAGUCCAUUCAAAUCUUUUUCAAAGUCUGACGCCUCCAAUCAGUCAGCAACCCUUUUCACUGCUGUAUCAUCUAGAUCUGCAAAUUUUAGCCCUACCCAUCACCUUAAAUCAACCUUUUCUAAAACCUGUGCUCCUUCAAGCUCAUAUAACUACUCUCCUGCUUCUUGCAAAGGUGUAACUACAUCCCCAAAGCAGACAAAGAAAAUCCCCCCUCUCCCUGACCUGUUUACUAACCCACAAGCAGCCUCUCCUCCUCUAUCGGCUUUGAGCUGCAAUGGCAUUGAUCCAAAAAUCACUCCUACGGAUAUACCUGCCCCUUGCACAACUAAUGCCUCCAGGUUUAACAUUUCCAGCAUGACCUCAAGGAUUUAUGAUGCACCUGCUGCUUUAACAUCCACUGAAUCCCCCAUGAAGUCUCCCUAUUCAUCUCCUGAGAGCUUUCUCAAGCCUGCAAGAAGGUUUCCUGGUGCUCUGAAAGAAUCUUCCCGAUCCAAACCAGAAGCUCCUGCUGAGGUUCGGUCUGUUGAGGUCAUUAAGACAGUGGGCCAGAGCAGCCUCCUGAUUGGCUGGGAGAGGCCGGCGCUCGAUGAGCUGGGCUGCAGCAAUGGCACAUUUGUGUACGGAUACAGGGUUUUUGUAAAUGGAGACUUCCACAAAUCUGUCAUGAGCUCAGCGUGCACAAAGUGCAUUCUGGAGAACAUCGAUCUGACCGCUCCAGUCCACAUCAACCUCCAAACUCUGGGCUCCAAUGGUCUCCGCUCAGACAGUGUCCACAUCACAUACAGGACGUCAGAGCACGACUGAUUGUUUCCUGGUUACGGCUCUCACAAUGGAACAGACAUUCUGCCAAAGUGCCACCAAAUCCAUGGUGUCCAGAAUGAUCAUCCUGACGUCCACUACAGCAGAGAGAUGAAGUCCAGAUGCUAGAGUCGCUUUUCAUGCCAAUCAGACAGAAAUUCACCUGUCACUUGCCUUUUUUCUUUUUUUCCCUGUUCAUGGAGACACAGCGACUUGCGUCUUAUUCUCAAACUGAUUACCUAAAGACGUCUGACACCUAAACUUGCUCUGAAUUUAGUUUUUUCACCACACAGAGGAAUCAGUUUCUGUCGUCUUCAAUGAAAAAAGAAAAAGAUGCAACAAACUGGAGGAAGGCAGCACUCUCUAACGAACAGGAAAGUCAUAAAGCAAGAAGUCACUUCCCCUAAAUCUACUGACAAUGAAAUGGAACAGCCUGCAUCUGCUGCACACCUUUACACUGUGUUAAAACGUAGAGAUUGUCCGUUGUGCUGUUCAUCCAAGAGCCUCACUGCCGCCUCUCUGGACCUCCCAACAGAAAGAGUCAAUGAAUACUUUCAUUAUCUGCAUUGAAAGGUUUUUGCGCUUGAUUUUUACACAUGAAGCCAAAUAUGUGAUGGACGACUCACUCCAAAGAUUAGCUUCACUCUUCUAGUAGAUGCCUAUGGGAUUUCUGUCGAACACAGAUGUUAGAUAUAAUCUAUGUUGUGAGAUUUGCACAUGCUCAUCAAAGUCUAGGAGAAGAAAUUUUAACAAGAGAUUAACUGGGGUAUUUUUUGUACAGAAUCUUUAAAAAAAUGCCAAUAUUUCACACACUGUAAUGUCUUUUUUACACACCUUCUCGAUGUCAAAUUGCACAUGCGUUUUUUUAAUUUUAUAAACGCACAGCACCUGUUCUUUGACGUUGUUGUUCACUGCAUGCAGGACUUUGAAGUGAUCACGAUGCAGCAGAAGUAUUUUUGAUACUGUUGAUUUCUCAUAGAUUCCCAUCAACUAUACAGUUAAUAAAUGUUUAAAUGAUAAAAA